AUGGCUGUCUCUAUAUCUCUCAAGCAGCAGAAAAAGGAAUUCAGCAACAUAAAAGGUUCCAAGAAGGGCUCCAAGAAGGGCUCCAAGAAGGGUUCCAAGAAGAGUCAUAAAGGCAAAGAUACAGUUCACCAAUCCUCACACAACCCAAAGGACGAUGAGAAAGUUGUCAAAUUCAAAGUCAUUGGCAAAAAGGGCACCAGUAGAUAG